GUCAGACCAGAAUCCACUGUAUCCAGCUGAUCUACAGGUGCCGCUAACGCACGGAGCGCUGGGUCCAGGAUACUACUACUUCUACCAGGCCGGAGAAGAUGGGGUGCUGCUUUAGUAAAGAGCUCAACCCCGGCCAGCAGAGUGAGAGGAGCAGUCUGUUACAGCCUCCGCUCCCCGAUGGGCUGAAUGACGUGACAGACCAGGUCAGGCAACACGCUGCGGCUGUAGCUCAGCAUGUGUGCUUGGACGAAGAGGAAAAACGUGUGGCAGACGGACCGGCCCAGAGAAAGCCUGCGGAAGAUGAGGAAAGCCCACCAGAACUGGGCAACAAAGUUUGGACAGAGGCGGCCGUGGCCAGCGGGGACAGCACCACGCGGAGUGAGAGGGAUUUUAAAGCAGCCAGCACUCGCGACGAGAAGGGGGCUAUAAUUAUCACAACCAGCACAAACAUACAUACAAACCCGGAGACUGAGGUAGGCAUGACACAUACUGGCAUGCCCAGCUGUGGCCCGGCCCCGUAUAUGGAGGUGCCCACACGGAGUCCAGCCAAACAGAAGAUUGUGGAGAAUGCCACACUCAGGGCUUUAUGGUUCAAUCAGCUCCCAGACAGGCACCCGUCGAAAAAAUGUUGGUUGUCUCCCGCCAGGUUACCCUCUGCUAACUGCCAGGGCAACGUCACUGGGAGCGAGGUGUCCGAUAACCAGCGGCCGCCGACGCUGGUCAGCGAGUGUCGGGAGACCCGGUGGGAUUACCCCAAAGCUGAGCACAACGAGGAGGAAGGUGAGGACGUCUGCGUCGUCGCAACAACGCUGGGCCAAGGUUUCGAGACGAGGACCCGGAGCUUCUACAGCAUAUGUUCCAUCGACGCCGACGACCUUGAACAUGACCACGUCCACAGCCAAUCCCAAACAGCUGGAGCAACACACUCGCUGCGCACAGCUGAAGCAGAAACAGCUGCUCUGCCCUGCAUGGCGGAGUCUCUGGCCUCCGGCCGAUCACACACACAGGCGUCCACAGCCUGUGGCCAGGAAUAUGUCCCAGAAUCUAAAACAACCAGCCAGUCGCGUGAUGAGGAACCGGCUUCGAGUCAUCAGUCUUCCACCAUCCUGUCACAGACACACCCAGAGAAUUCACUCCCAGCAGAGGAGACCUCCUUACCUCAUCCCGUUGUAGAGCAGGUUGACCACUCUUCGUCUGAUCCGCUGCCCAUGCCCAGCAGUCAAAUAAACAGCGAGGAACCUCGGGCCUCCACGCCAGACGGGACUCCGUUUAAAGAUCUGGACUGCCAGACCGCUGCUAAGGACACACUUGAAUCCAUGGAUUACAUGUUGAUGACGUCACACGCAAAUGAAAGUGCACGUGUUGAGGAGGAGAAUAAACGUGAGGCAUCCAGCUCCAGUUCUUCAAAGCUCAAACCGCUGCACAGGGAUGAGGUUUUCUCUCCUCUGUCUGGAGGACCGUUUGAGAUGGAUAAAUCCUCGCUACAGAGGGAGGCUAUCCCCUUGAGGAUCUGCAGAGGCCACAGUGAGGAGGGUGACGUCGGUUACAGCGGCACGGCAGGUACGACUCUCACUGAGGUGUCCUCGAUUCCCUCCAUCUCAGCUGAGUCAACGCUGCCCAUUGAACUGACGGCCUUCUCCUGCCGCACACAUCUGACUCCUCUCUCGGACUUUAAAACCACAUCUCACCCGUGUGACUUCAUAAUAUCAGACAAAUUCGAUGUAAAUUCAAACGAUCCAACAUUUGAAUUGAGCAGCAUUAAGCCUCCUGGUCAGGAUGUUGUAGAUCCGCCCGAGUCGGACCAUAGCGAUGAUCGUGACAAACGGCGUGACCGUUUUGAUGUGAAAACCGAGGGUGCCGUGGCGUCAGACGAGCCUCUUCAGGAUGUCGUCAUGAGUGGUGAUGACAGACAGGCAGCCAAAGAACCAAAACCAGAAGUCUGUCAGAACGGCAAACCCGUUGAGAGAGGGGAUGUUGCAGAUGUUUUACCUGAAACGGCUCCGAACACCUCUCGCCCAGAUACAAGCACGGCUGUAAAUGCAAGCCUCGCUCUUCGCGGCCCGGAAGAUUUAAGUCUCGGCCCUCUCACGCUGCCUCCUCCUGCUGAAAGUGAGCUUUCCGUUACUGCUUCCUUCACUCCACCUCCCUCUUCCUCAUCGCCGUGCACACCUCCUGUGGAAGGUAAGCGUAGUUUCUGUCCAGAGACUGAAGCUAAUCCUACCGAAAUCAAAUGCAGACAAAUCCAACUGGAGGAAAAUCCACCAGAGAAAGUAUUUAUUCAUGCGUGUGAGGAAGGAGAAGACGCAGCAGCUGCACAGGGGACUCGGAUUGAUGCCCCAGUCAAGCAUGAAUCUGCAGAUACAGUAGAACAGCCUCAAACCGCCUCCGAGCCCCCCGUAAUAUUAAGCUCCAGGGUUUCCUCUGACUGUGUGAACCCUGACGCCGACAUCGGCCUGCCAAAUGACACUGCUGAACGUUUCCCUCGAGCUGGAGAUUCAUCAAAUGAAAUUUAUUUUGAGGAAAUCAAUGGGAUACAGAUUCACAUCUCACAACAGGGGGAGAUGUCUGCACUUGACAGUGAUAUUCCUCCAGAAACUCCAAAUAUUUCCGCUACGGGCGCACCACCCCGAGGCGUCGAGGUCGGUACCGGCAUCUGUGAUGACUCCUACGUGAUUCCUAAUGACUUCAGCUGUCCGGAUGGCUCGGUUUUGGGCUGCCAGGAGGACAUGAUCCCUGUGGACCCAGGGCAGAUUGACGUUUAUGCCUCAACUCCGUCAUACGAGAUUCACUUCCUGGGACGCGAGCCUCCCGCUACUGCCGAGGAGGGGGAGAGAGAAGGAGGGAUGAGGGAGAUGGUGUCCGAGCUGCUGGGAGAGGACGCGGACUCCUCCGUCUGCCGCCUCUAUCCCCACCCCUGGAUCAAACUGGGUCUGGAGGAUAGCUGCGGGGCGUGGGCCCAGGGCGCGUCUGAUGCCGAGCCCAGCCAGGGUGAGAGCAGGACGGGCGCCGACGUGGAGCAGAUCCCAGCCCUGGUCUCGGAGCUCCAGCCGUCUAUGGCUCUGCUGGGAGCUUACCCCUACAGCACAGUGAUGCCUCAGGGUCGCUGCGUGUGGGACUGGCACACAGAUUGCACUCAGUCUGGAAAGAAAGACUUGGCUGGACUAUCUGAACAGGAACCUGUUGCUGUCCCAAGCCUUAACCCUAAUGCUGAGGUAUGGACCAAUCACAACUUCAACUUGGACGUCCCUGGCCCCGCCUUCCUACAGGCUCAUGAGCCAUGGCUGCAAUUCCCCAGCGAUCUGACCAAUCAGGAAGGGUACGAGUUCCAGCUGGAGAACUUGGGCCUGGCUGAGGCUGUGGUUGAAGCAGAUCCCAGCACACCAGAGUACCAGACGCUGUGUGCCGAAGCUUCAGUAGUUAAUGGAGAGCCCAUUGACCCACCUGUUACAGAUGAGACUAGAGAAGAGCUGAGGAGCGUUUUGGAGUCCUGCCUGACCAGGGAGCACCUUGGCAACGACCUGUACCUUAAUUCUCAGAUGGACAGCGACCAGUAUGUUCCCAUCGCAACUCUGGCCAGCCUCGACAAGAUCAAGAGGAUCAGCACGGACCUGGACCUCAUCGCCGGCAUUUUGAAAUCCCUGCCGCUGGUCCAGGUGGCUCCUUGUGGACAGAAGGUCCGGCCCAGUCAGAGUCGAUGUGUCGUCAUCCUGCGUGAGAUCCCUGACACCACACCCAAGGAGGAGGUGGAGGCUCUCUUUGACGGGGAGAACAUUCCCAAGUUCCUGAGCUGUGAGUUUGUGAGCAACGAUAACUGGUUCGUCACUUUCAAAUCGGAAACCGACGCACAACAGGCCUACAAGUACCUCAGAGAAGAGGUUCGAGAGUUCAAGGGAAAGCCGAUCAUGGUGAGGAUAAAGGCCAAAACCAUGGCAGUCACUUCCUUCGCUCCAAAAAAUGGCUACCGACCCGCUCAGCUGGACCAGUGCGGCAAUCCUUACCGCCCCUACUUCCCCCCAAGCAGCUACCAGCAGCCCUGCCCCACCCAACAGCUGUAUGAUUUCACCAAUGACGUGUGGGCUUCGGCUGCGGCAGGAUACCAAGAAUGUGCUGACCAUCAAACAUUGAUGAAUGACUUCAUAAAUGGAUUCUCCAGCUUCAAACCUCAUAACCCACACAGGAUGAGGAGAGGCUCACGGUGGUCAAAUUCUGACCGUUGGCAGUCCAGUCUAAAUGAUUCCUCACAGUCCUCCGAGCAGGCGCCAGCGGAGGGCUCCUCUUCUCCCCCGAGGCCGGGUCGAGGACGGUCGCGGGGCACCAUGCGCCGUCCGAGCAGAGGCGUAAGGAGCGAGCCCACUUCUGAUCGGGGAAGGAGAGGAAACUUGAGCCAGAGGAGGAGAGAGAACCCGAGGUCCUGGGACAAAUCUGCCGCAAGCAAUCGCAAUGCACAAAGUCAAUCGCCUCCUCGUCAGCCGUCUCCUCCUCCUGAGCUCGGCCUGACAAGCUUCCCUCCUCUUCCUCCGGCAAAGACUGCCAUGGCAACGGUACAGGCAGCUAACGGCAACGUCAAGGUUCCAGUGAAAAUCAGCAGCCCGUGUGCACCGGUGCCAACAAAGUCUCAAGAGCCUCAGCCAAUCUUAGAGCAGAAUGUGACGGCGCGUGCCGAGACGACCAGCGAGGCCAACCCAGCUCAGCUUACACAGGAGCCAGUCGCAGAGUCCAAGAGGCUAAGCUAUGCCCAGAUCUGCCAGAGAGUGUCGUCCAAUGAGCCGGCGCCGCCCGCUGACUUCGCCCCUUCAGAGGCAGCGCACACCCCAACUUUUCCGGGCCAGGCAUCCAAACCAGAUGUGUUGCCACAGUAAUCGUAUUGGGUGUGAUAUAAGCUGAUAAUCAUUGUACUGUCUUAUUACGCAAACCUGCUGCACGGAGCGAUGUGGCAUCACUCAGCGCAGGAAGAUGCUGCAUUAACCGCCAAACGGCCUUUAAAUCAACUCCAUUUAGGUCUGAUCUGGAAACCUUAGCCUUUAUAUACACAGCUGACAGUGUGCAUGUG